AUGGCAGACAGAGCGAUGAAGAGACGCAAGGUGGAGCAUACGCCGUCAGAUGAUGAGGCGGACGAUGCAUCGUUUGCUUCCUUUGGCGACGGCGAGGACGAGACGGCGCAGGAGGAUAGCAUGGCGGCGGAACAACGAGCAUUGCCUGAAGACGACGAACGGUCUUUACACCAGGAGAGAAUUGAGGACGACCUCGACAGUGAGACGGAAGUAAUAGCAGAUGAGACCUCAGACUCUGGCGAGGACGUGGACAUGGUUGACGAUGAGGACGACGAACAUUCCGCGCACAACGCUGUAGUGUCAAAGCAGGACAUCAAAGCCAAGCAGAACAGGAAUACGUCAAUGGCGAAGAAGCAAGUUCCUAGCAGUGCUUUCACAGCAGGGACGUUCAAAAGCAACAUGUUCAAGCUGCAGGUAGACGAACUUCUUGCACAGAUCAGACCGAGACGUGGGAAGCGCGAAGAGGCUGUUGACCAAGCACUCCACGCGCUGAAGACCACGUUCGACUCCAUGGAACCAGUGGCGCCACUCAGUGUAUCUGAGGCACGGCGCAAACUCCUCACGACCAGCAAGGUCAGCGUACCUUUUCCCUCGCCUGGACCACCCAAGGAUGCCAAGUACACACUGCAACAUGCCAAGCCUGCAGGUAUCAAUGUAGUGGGCAGCUAUCCUCUGAAGACCAAUAGCAGGACGGACACAGUACUGAAGGUAGACAUGAUGGUUGCCAUGCCGAGUGCCUUAUUCCAGGAGAAGGAUUAUCUGAACUACCGAUACUUCUACAAAAGAGCCUACUAUCUUGCUUGUCUUGCGGCCGCGAUACAAUCUGCGCACAGGGACACAUACGAAGUGCAAUUUUCGGACUUUCGUGGCGACCAGCUGAAGCCUGUACUGGUUAUCGUUCCCAAGGCACCGCAAUCUUCUGUUAACGAUGAGAUCAAGCCGGCGGCGAAGUGGCGUAUCAACGUUAUGCCAUGCGUAAACUUGGAUGUCUUCUCGGCUAGCAAGCUAUUACCUACCAAGAACUGUAUAAGAAACACAGAACAAAGCUCGGAUCUCAAGCCUACACCACUUUACAACUCAUCGUUACGAUCAGACAUGCUCCUGGCCACCUACCUCGAGGUCAUACAUGGUGUCGCUGGUAGAUGUGAGGCCUUCCGUGAUAGCUGUCUACUUGGUGCAACCUGGCUACAACAGCGCGGCUUUGGCUCAGGCAUUGCAGAUGGUGGGUUCGGUAACUUCGAGUGGGCUGCUCUGAUAGCUAGCAUGCUACAGGGUGGUGGCCCGAACGGCAAGCCGCUGUUAAGCGAUGGCUACAGCAGCUAUCAGCUCUUCAAGGCAACACUCCAGGCACUGGCAGUACGCGACCUGAGCAAGCAAGCCUUGGUAAUUGCGCCGGGUAAUAUCAAACCUGUUGGAGAUGGCUCGCCAAUGGUAUGGGAUGGUGCGAGACAUCACAACAUUCUGUACAAAGUCACGCCGUGGGCAUAUGCACAACUUCGUCAGGAGGCGAAGCUCACAAUCACAACCCUUGGCGAUCAACUCUACGACGGUUUUGACAGCACGUUCAUCACAAAGAAGAAAGAUGCCAUGACGCGGUUCGAUGUCUCUGUCAAUAUCUCUCUACCGAAGAGAUCUUCACCGGAUCAACCAGAAGAUAUUCGUGUACAGCUUGCGCGAAUGCACGACGUAUUGAAGCGCGGCUUGGGUGACCGUACAACCCUCAUUGCACUCAAGCCUACCCUUCCUCCUCCUUGGCAAUUAGGCAUGACGAAGUCCGAAUCACGACCCCGAGUAAUCACACUUGGCUUUGUGGUAGAUCCUGAUAAUGUCCACCGCACCGUUGACCACGGCCCUUCUGCAGAAGCCAAGGCAGAGGCAGCGGCGUUCCGUACCUUCUGGGGCGACAAAGCUGAGCUACGCCGUUUUAAAGACGGCAGUAUCACUGAAUCACUCAUCUGGGCAGCUGGGGAAGACGGCCAAACUAUCCUGGAGCAAAUCGUCCGCCAUCUGCUUGCCAAGCAUUUCAGCCUAGUGACGGAGGGCGUGAGCUUCUCGGCCAAGGACUUUGCGAGCUUGCUUCGUCAUGGUGCUCGUACGGCUAAUUUUCAGCCGCUUCUAGAGGCCUACAAGCAAAUGGAGAUGGAUGUUCGAGGUCUCGAAGCCUUACCAUUGAGUAUCAGGCACAUCAUGCCUGCCGAUGGGCAGCUUCGAUAUGCGUCAAUACGACCGCCAGGCGUUGCUGCGGCAGGCGAGAAGGGACUUCCAGCGCAAGUCACUAUACAGUUCGAGGGUUCUACUCGAUGGCCAGACGACGUUGUCGCCAUCCAGCGCACCAAGAUCGCUUUCUUACUCAAGUUGAGCGAGCUAUUGCAAGAAGCGAAUGGCGGCAUCACUGCCCGCAUCGGACUCGAAAACCAGCAUGAAGACAUACUCAACCAGGGGUUUCUUGAUAUCGUCUACGAGUCUGGCGCUGCCUUCCGUAUGCGCAUAUACCACGACCGAGAGCAGACGCUCCUUGAGCGACAACUCAAGGACAACAAUCUUGCACCCUCUGUCAAGGAAGCUGCAGCACAGGCGCUGGCUAAGCAUAAACGUGACUACAUCCGCAGACCGGCACAGACGCAAGCUAUUUCGCGCAUGUGCACUCGCUACCCUGCUCUCAGUGGGACGAUCAGACUGUUCAAGAAGUGGUUCAGCUCUCAUCUGCUCAGCAAUCAUAUUGCGGAGGAGGUCAUCGAGCUAAUCGCCAUCCGAACCUUCGUGCAGCCAUGGCCGUGGGGUGUGCCAUCAAGUGUGCAGACUGGCUUUCUUCGCGCCCUGCACUGGCUAGCUCGCUGGGACUGGCGUGCUGAACCACUCAUCGUGGACCUGAGCGGUAACGACGAGCUGAAGCUUGCCGAUGGCCAAGGUAUGCGGACCAGGUUCGAGGCAUGGCGGAAACUGGACCCGAGCCUCAACCGGAUCGUGCUAUUCGCCGCGACCAAUCUGGAUCCAGAUGGCACGACGUGGACAGAUGGGCAUCCUCAAAGAGUGGUUGCCGGCCGUAUGACUGCUCUCGCCAGGUCAGCUUGUGCGCACAUCGAGGAGCAGCAGAGUGCGCUACAGCCUGCGAGUCUCUUCGCGAGCUCACUCUCUGACUACGACUUCGUGUUGCAAUUGGACACUGGGAGGAAACGGUCCAAAGCGGUGGCGUACAAGAACCUCGAGCUUGCAGCGGUGGAUGAUGACACCUCGAUCGGCUACAACGCAGCUGAGCUGUUCCUAUAUGAACUUGAAAGCCUCUACGGAUCCGCGAUCUUGUUCUUUCAUGGCGGGCAGGAGCGCUCAAUCAUUGCCGGCUUAUGGAGUCCGGGAACCUCACAACGGAACUGGAAGAUGAACCUACCGUACUCUACCAUUCCUAGCAAGUCCUCCAAAGAAGUCGGGAUCAUGGCGAAGGUCAACCGAGAGGGCAUCCUGUCAGAUAUUGCAAGGCUCGGCGGUGAUCUGAUCGAGAGCAUCGAGGUAAAUGCUAGAUAG